AUGUCUCUCGAAUUCUUCGAACCCCUUUUUGAUUCAUUCCCAUGGCCCCUUCAAGAACUCAAUAUUGAGGAAAAGGGUGUAUUUUUCUCCUAUUUUCUUGGCAUUUUAGCUUUACUAUGGUUCCUUUGGUUUUUCAUCAGUAACUCAAACAAGGGAUUGCCACCAGGGCCUAGAGCUUUGCCCUUGAUAGGUAAUCUCCAUUCUCUUGAUCCUGAACUUCACACCUAUUUUGCAUCUCUGUCCCAAACUUAUGGCCCCAUUUGUAGACUCUGGCUUGGUAAAAAACUUGGGAUUAUUAUUACUUCCCCUGCUUUAGCUCGCGAGGUUCUUAAGGAUCAAGAUACCAUUUUUGCUAACAGAGAUGUCCCUGCUGCUGGAAGAGAAUUUUCAUAUGGUGGCAAUAACAUAGUUUGGAAUCCUUAUGGACCAAAAUGGCGCAUGUUGAGGAAGGUUUGUGUUCGCGAAAUGCUUAAUGUUUCUACUUUCAAUUCUGUUUAUGCACUAAGACGAAGGGAGCUUAGACAAUCGAUCAAUUACUUUUAUAACCAGGCAGGAUCGCCUGUGAAUGUUGGUGAACAGAUGUUCUUGAUUGUGCUUAAUGUGAUUACAAGCAUGUUAUGGGGUGGCACUGUGAAGGGUGAGGAAAGAGCUAGCCUUGGAGCUGAAUUUAGGCAUGUUGUGACUGAGAUAGCUGCGCUGUGCAGUAUUCCCAAUCUUUCCGAUUUUUACCUGGGCUUGGCCUGGUUUGAUUUCCAGGGUGUUACAAAGAAGAUGAAGGUGUUGGCAAAGAGUUUUGAUGAGAUAUUUGAGAGCAUAAUUGAUCAAAAACAAAAAUUGGAGAGAAAUGGUGUUGGCCAAGAAAGCAAAGACUUUUUGCAAGUUUUGCUGAAGUUGAAAGAUGAAGCAGAUGUCAAAAUACCUCUAACCAUGACUGAAAUCAAAGCCUUACUUAUGGAUAUGGUUCUCGGUGGAACUGACACUACUGCCAACACAGUUGAGUUUGCCAUGGCUGAAAUUAUGCACAAACCCAAUGUCCUAAGAAAAUUACAACAAGAACUAGAUACAGUUGUGGGUAAAGAUAAUAUUGUGGAAGAAUCUCAUAUUCAGCAAUUACAAUAUCUCUAUGCAGUGAUGAAAGAAGUCUUGCGCAUACAUUCAACUGCUCCAUUCUUGGUGCCACACUGUCCUAGUGAAACAUGCACUGUGGGAGGAUACACUGUUCCUAAAGGAUCUUGUGUUUUCAUAAAUGUAUGGGCUAUACACAGAGAUCCUUCUAUAUGGGAAAAUCCAACUGAGUUCCGUCCAGAGAGAUUUUUGGACAAUAAAUGGGAUUAUAGUGGAAAUGAUUUCAACUAUUUCCCAUUUGGUUCUGGCAGAAGAAUGUGCCUGGGGAUAGUCAUGGCAGAGAGGAUGUUCAUGUAUUCAGUAGCUUCACUCAUUCAUUCUUUCGACUGGAAAUUGCCCAAAGGAGAGACAUUAGACCUUACAGAGACGUUUGGUGUUAUAUUGAAGAAGAAAAUGCCUCUGGUGGCUAUACCUACUCCAAGAUUAUUCAAUCCAACACUGUAUGAGUAAGAUAAAAAUGUGUUUGUAGAUGUUCUGUAUGAUGAAAUUAAGAAUAUAAAACCUGCAAUUCAGUGUGCCUGAAUUACCACUAGUUCAGUAGGUCUAUUCCAGAGUCUUGGAAACAUACAGGCAUGAGGCUCCUGUUUGUAAGAUAAAAAUAAGUCCCAAUUUCAUCCUGUAAAUUCAAAAUCUUAUGAAGGUCCUGAGCUUUGUUAAAUUCAUAG